AUGAGCGAUGGUCGCCCUGUAAGCGGUCAGUUGAAGAAGUACGUCUUUCGCGGCAAGUCUAGCACCAACGGUGAUACUCGAGGUGAAUACUUGGAGAUUGUAAUCCCGGAGCUUCUGACCGCGGGCUACUCGUUCUACACGUGGCCUUCUGCGCCUUUGCUCGCCUGGUACCUUUGGACGCAGAGACGACAUUUACGAGGGCUUCGAGUGUUGGAAUUAGGCUGCGGCACCGGCCUGCCCGGCAUCUUAGCUGCCAAGUGUGGUGCUCGUGUUACACUUACGGAUAGCGUAGCCCUACCGCGAUCACUACGACAUUUAUCUGCGUGUUGUGAAGCCAACGGCUUAGUUCCCAGUCGCGACGUGCAAAUUCUAGGCCUAGCCUGGGGACUAUUUCUUGCCGACGUACAUAACCUGCGCCCAGUAGAUUUACUCCUAGCGUCGGACUGUUUCUACGAACCGUCGCAAUUUGAGGAGGUAUUAUCAGUGGUUGCUUAUCUGUUGGACGGCACUGACGGGCGUUUUUUGUGUGCUUACCAGGAACGCAGCGCUGACUGGUCCAUCGAGGCAUUACUGAAGAAGUGGGGGCUGAAGGGAUCCCUGUUGGACUUGGAUUCUCUGAGUGAGAGCUCGGGCGUCGACUACAGGUCUAUGGCAGAGGGGAUACCAGAAUAUCCGGAUUCGGAUUUCUCUGAUGAAGAACUGUCACCCUUAGACAUAUCUUUCAAUAAAGCAGCAGAUCAUGUGAGGAAACUUACAAGUAAAUUAGAUAACAAUCAGCUGUUAGAGCUGUAUGGAUUGUUCAAGCAAGGCACUGAGGGCACAUGCAAUACACCUAAACCGGGAUGGUUGGACGGACGAGGGAGGAGGAAGUGGGAAGCUUGGAAAGCCCUGGGCGAUAUGCCAAAAGAUGAAGCAAGGCAAAAAUAUGUUGCAUUAGUGCAGAAAUAUGACCCUAACACGGAACUGAGUUCUCCCACUGAGAAGGGUCAAAAGGAAUUGUGGGUAGCAGUGUCAUCCUUACGUUACUCCCCCGAACCGGAACUAGACCAUCAAAGUUUGUCGGUGUUAGAAGCAGCAAGGGAAGAUCUUGGGGAUCUUGUUACAGAACUGUUGACUAAAAACCCAGAGUUGAAACACAAGAGAGAUGAAGAUGGGUUGACUGCCCUGCACUGGGCGGCAGACAGAGAUGCCACUAAAGCAUUAGCUGCUGCUUUGAAAGCUGGAUGUCCUGUAGAUGGUGUUGAUGAAUGUGGCCAGACUGCUUUACACUAUGCUGCAGCAUGUGGCCACAUUAGAUCCACACAAAUCCUUAUUGAUGCUGGAGCUUCCCUAUUGAAAGAUGAAGAUGACUGUACACCAUUAGACGUAGUAACUGAUGGUGAGGUCCGGAAGAUUCUGGAAGGUGCUGCAAAGUAGACUAAGGGCAUUAUUGUGAGCCUUGUGCCAGUUAGAAUUAAUAUUGGGUUCUUAUACAUACAUGUAGUUACUUGGAAUAAAACAUUAUAACAUAAA